CUAACACGACAGUGUUGAUGUCUCAUCUCUAUUAGGAUGUCGUUGACGUUUGCAUUCAUUUGAAAAAUCUCUAAACUUCAACUUUAGGAUUAUUUCUUAUUCAUUUUUUACCUUGAGUGUUAAGUGAUGUUUUUUAGCUGUAGUUAAAUAACCGACAUACUGUUCAAUUAAAUAAUUAUUCAUCAAUUUCGCAAAAUAUAAAAUGAGCUCCGAAUCAUCUGAGGUUCAUCCGCUAUCCCAAGAAGAUAUAGAGAAGGCGGAACAGUACAAAAAUGAGGCAAAUGAAUAUUUCAAACAAAUGGACUUCAACAAAGCAAUAGAACUCUACACUUUAGCAAUAGAGAAAAAUCCAAAUGUAGCUAUAUACUAUGCAAAUCGGAGUUUUGCAUACCUAAAGACAGAAUGUUUUGGCUAUGCCCUGACGGAUGCAUCUAAAGCAGUAGAACUCGACAAAACCUAUGUAAAGGGAUACUACAGGAGAGCGGCAGCAUAUAUGUCCUUAGGGAAGUUUAAGGAGGCACUGAAAAAUUAUGAAUAUGUAACUAAAGUUAGACCAAAUGAUAAAGAUGCUAGAGCGAAAUAUACAGAAUGUAAUAAAGUAGUGAAAAAAAUAGCUUUUGAGAAAGCUAUAUCCGUAGAAGACAAUAAACGAAACAUAGCAGACAGUAUUAAUUUAGAAGCUAUGACAAUUGAAAAUGAAUAUGCGGGCCCUGAGCUUGAAGAUGGGAAAGUUACACUCAAAUUCAUGAAGGAAUUGAUGGAACUGUAUAAGAAUCAGGGCAAGCUGCAUCGAAAGUAUGCUUAUAAAAUUCUUUUAGACAUAAAGGCGUAUUUCAUGAAAAAGCCCUCACUUAUUGACAUCACAUUCGGGGAUGACGACAAGUUUACUGUAUGCGGUGAUAUCCAUGGCCAGUUUUACGAUCUCAUGCACAUAUUUGAGCUCAACGGUCUACCUUCAGAAACGAAUCCAUAUCUUUUCAAUGGAGACUUCGUGGAUCGAGGAUCGUUUUCCGUAGAGUGUAUAUUCACCUUAUUUGGCUUCAAGCUACUGUAUCCUAAUCAUUUCUUUAUGUCUCGAGGCAAUCACGAGAGUGCUACAAUGAAUCAAAUGUAUGGUUUUGAUGGAGAAGUCAAAUCCAAAUACACUGCUCAAAUGGCCGACCUUUUUACAGAGGUUUACAACUGGCUUCCACUAGCCCACUGUUUAAAUAAGAAAGUAUUGGUGAUGCAUGGCGGUUUGUUUACGCGAGACGACGUGACGUUAGACGAGAUUUGCAAGCUGGACCGAAACAGGCAACCGCCUGAGGAGGGUCCGAUGUGCGAGCUGCUAUGGUCGGACCCUCAACCGCAGCCGGGGCGGGCCCCCAGCAAACGAGGAGUCGGCUGCCAGUUUGGACCUGAUGUCACCAAGCGGUUCCUAGAAUUGAACAACCUGGAUUACAUUAUCCGAAGCCACGAGGUAAAACAGGAAGGAUAUGAGGUGGCACACGAUGGCAAGUGCAUCACCGUUUUCUCAGCGCCUAAUUAUUGUCCAUUCGGGGCGUCAUUUCAAGACAUUGUGGAGGGGUGGACCGGUGGUUCCCUCUCUCUAUGCUCAGUUCGAGCCGGAGCGCAGUGCGAUGAUACAAUGGGGAACAAAGCUGCGUUCAUCACACUAAAAGGCAAGGAUAUGACACCAAACUACACUACUUACGAAGCUGUGCUUCAUCCAGAUGUGAAACCAAUGGCAUACGCCAACUCGUUGCUAAGUUUAAUGUGCUAGUACCUGCCAUUUGUAGUUGAUUUUAUUAGUUUCCAAUUCCUUUUUCAAUUCUUAAUUAGGUUAAGUAUAAGCAUUUUAAUUAAUUUUGCUUCAUGUAAUUGAACUUAUGUAUUUGAGUAUGAACAUUAUAUAUGUUGUUUUGUUUUUUACAUUCUCUUUUUUUAUCAAUUGUACCUUGAAUACAUUUAUUUUCUCCUACCUCCUCAAACCAUGAUUGAUUGUACAAAAUUGUAAAGCUGCCUUCUACUCUUUCUACCACCAACGUUAUUUUAUUUGUUUUCGAAAUGUUCCAUUUUAUAGUGUAUAUUUUAAUAAAAAUUAGAAUACA